CCUUGCAGUCGAUCUUGCGCAGGCUCAAAAGUCACACACACCACACUGUAAAACCAGUUCCAAAAAAAGCUGGUCACCUAUAUUUUAUAUAUAUAUUUUGCCUUUUCCUUUUCUCUCAAUUCACUCGUGCAUUUUUAACCCUUUUUCUUACUCUUUAUCAAAUUCAUUCACACACAUAUAAUAAUGGCGCAGGGUAAAGGACUCAAAAGCAAGGCCACGAUCAUCAAGCCCAAGGGCACAGCCAAGCGGGCCGGAACCACGACAGCAGGCAAGUCGCAGAGUAACGCCAUGCGCAAGGGCCGUGUAGUCAAGGCAACCAAGAAGGUUGACUUGUCCAAGCACAACAAGCUGCAGAAGAAGCUGGUCGCUGGAAUGACGGCCAGUCUAGAGCAGGCAAUGUCCGUCAAGGCUGGCGCCAUCGGCAAGCUGACCAUCAUGAAGGAGGCGCAGGCCAAGGGCAAGACCGUAGAGAUUAAGAGAAGAAAGUAUUAGUUUUGAAUAU